AUGUCAUCUAGUGAUAAUUUAUCUAAGAAAUUAUUAAUUUCCUAUCUAUCAGCAGUUUAUCAAUGUAACAACAAGUAUUUAAAUCAUAAUUUAAUAUUACAAUCACAAGUACCUGAGGAUGUCUUGUUGGCAUUGAAGAAAUCAUGUGAACUUUCGGAAACGUUUCGAGCUUUGGAAGAUGAACAAUCGAGAGAACAAGGAUUCCGAAAAAAGAGAAAUUCACAUGAAACUGAAACAAUUAUUUCCAAAAUGACACUUGCCAAUCAUGUCAAUGUUGAAGAACCAACAACACUAGCUGCAGUUACACAACAAUUAGCUGAAAAGAUUAAACCUGAGGAACAGUCGUGCUUGCCAACUGCUGAGGAAAUUCAAUUAAUGUUAACUCAAUCGAAAUUGAUGCGUGCAAAGGCAGCUAAAUUUUCAAUGUUUAAGGCAAUUCACACCAAAGUUUUGAAAUGUUUCAGAAAUGAUGUCAAUACGAUGGCUCGUUUCUCAAAAUUUGCCAAAUCAUUUAGGGAAUGGAACACACCCAAUUCAAUGUAUAAUACCUUUUAUAGAGAAUUGACAAUUAUGAAUAGAAUUAAGCAAGAUGAAAUGAAAAAUAUGCAAAAUAGAGAAGCAAGUGAGAAUGUUUCUUCUCAAUUAUUGGAAACUAAGAAGGAAGAAAAACCAGAAAAUGAAGAAUCGGAUGAUGUAGCAUUAGGAUUUGAAAGUUUGAAAUACGACAAGAAAUUAUCUAAAAGGAAAAAUCAAACCAGACUUUCCACACUUAUUCAUACAUUCUACGAUGAGGAACAUGAUGAUUUAAUCGAAUGCUUAUUAGAAACUCAAACUACAGAACAAUGCGUAAGGCAAUGGCAAAGUUUAUUCAUCCCAGUUUCGUCCUGUUUCUGUAUCGAUCACAUGCAAAGUUGCCUCAAUGUCAACCUCCAUGAUUUCUCUCAAAAUGGACCAAAUGCCAAAACUAAUUCUCUAGGAUUCAUCGAUUGUGCAACUCUCAAAAGUGAUUGCAAUUCAUUUAUGGAACAAAUUUUCCACGAACAACCAACAAGUGAUGAUAAAUAA